AUGAAUGUAAAACUGUACUCCAGCCUUUUGGUAGUUCUCUUGACUAAUGCAGCAUGGACACAAAACAUGUAUGAUGAGUCUGACCCAUACGACUGGUCUUUCCACACCUUUGAGUGUCCACAAGAAUGCUUUUGUCCUCCCAGUUUCCCAAAUGCUUUGUAUUGCGACAGCAAGGGACUGAAAGAGAUCCCUGCCAUCCCAGCAAGAAUCUGGUAUCUCUAUCUUCAAAAUAAUCUCAUUGAAACGGUUCCAGCCAAACCCUUUGUGAAUGCCACACAACUAAAAUGGAUCAACCUGAACAACAAUAAAAUCACCAGCAAUGGGAUUGAAAAAGCCGUAUUCAGCAACAUGAAAAGUCUUCUCUACUUGUUUCUUGAAGAUAAUGAAUUAGAUGAGGUCCCUGCUCCACUGCCAAUGAGCUUGGAGCAGCUGCGUUUGGCAAGAAACAAAAUUGGUACAAUCCCUGCUAGAGCCUUCAACAAUUUGGAAAAUCUCACAAUGCUAGAUCUGCAUCAAAAUAAGCUGUUGGACAGUACUUUCUCCAGUGACACCUUCCAAGGACUUAACAGCCUGGUGCAACUCAACAUUGCUCGAAACUCACUUACAAAAAUGCCACCCAUCCUCCCAGCCAAUGUAAUGCAGCUGUUUUUGGACAAUAACUCUAUUGAAGCAAUACCAGCAAACUACUUCGAUGCGAUGCUCAAACUGAUUUUCCUUCGACUGAAUAACAACAAAUUAACUGAUGAAGGUCUACCAAACAAAGUCUUUAAUAUUUCAUCUCUUCUUGACCUUCAGCUCUCUUACAAUGAGCUCACCAGAAUCCCAGCUAUCACUGCUCACCUUGAACAUCUUCACCUAGAUAACAACAGAAUCAACAGUGUUAACAGCACUCAAAUAUGUCCAAUUCCUAUCCCAGGAGAACAUGUCUAUGAGAGAAAUUUGCCACGCCUCCGUUAUCUCCGUCUGGAUGGCAAUGAAAUAAAACCUCCAAUUCCAUUUGACCUCAUGCUUUGCUUCCGACUCCUUCAGGCUGUUGUUAUUUAA